AUGGCUUCCGCUCUUCGAUCCACUGGUGUGUCCGAGACGGACAGAAUAGCCUUCUCAGAGUACCUUCGGGGCUCAAAAAAUGUCAUGGCUUUGCUCGGAGCUGGCCUCUCUGCGGCGUCAGGGUUGCCCACUUUUCGAGGAGCUGGCGGCCUCUGGCGGUCCCAUUACGCGACAUCAUUAGCAACCCCGGAGGCAUUUCAGUCAAAACCGGCCCUCGUUUGGCAAUUCUACAGCUACAGGCGCCAUAUGGCACUGAAAACACAACCCAAUAAGGCGCAUUUCGCUCUUGCGGCGUUGGCAAAGAGGAAUCCGAACUUCAUUACCUUGAGUCAGAAUGUGGACGGCCUCUCUCCCCGCGCCAACCAUCCGGCAUCUCAACUCCAUCUUCUUCAUGGCUCACUCUUCCAAGUAAAAUGCAGCUCAUCACUCUGCAAGUAUGUCGCAGAGGACUACAAUGACCCCAUUGUGCCAGCGCUAGCAAUCCCCAAGGCUGCACCGCAACCUGUCCCCUCCGCAACAAACAAGACCGGCGAGGAAGCUACAAAGAAUCUGUUCAGCGCCGUGGAAUGGAAAGGCGAUCUAGCCCCGCAGCGUCAGCAGCAGCAGCAGCAACAACAGAAUCAACGGCCCAUUCCCUCAGCAUCGAAGGUAGAGGGGGCAGAGCUCGACAUCUCUGACGCAAACGUACCUAUCCCUAGCAUUAGUGGCGCAGACCUCCCGAAGUGCCCGAAGUGCAAAAACCGGCUGCUGCGACCGGGCGUUGUAUGGUUUGGUGAAUCACUGCCACGGCAGACAAUCAACGCUGUUGAUGAUUGGAUAGAUCAUGCUGAUAAGAUUGAUCUUAUUCUUGUCAUUGGGACGAGUGCUCAGGUUUUCCCCGCUGCGGGGUAUGUGGAGAUGGCACGCGAGAAGGGGGCGCGUGUGGCGGUUAUCAAUAUGGAUACCAACGACGAACCCCCUGGGGGAAUGCUGCCUGGAGAUUGGUUUUUCCAAGGCGAUGCCAGCGUGAUUAUCCCGGAGCUUUUGAGAGAUGCGAUUGGGGAGGUUUAG